AGCCUCCGUUUUACUAAGCUAUGGGCCGAGUGCGGACUACAACAAAAUGGCUCCGAUAUCGCGGACAGGAUUUGUGUUAAAGAUGAAUAACCUGUUAUGUAUUGGUCUUGUGACGUCACUUUACUGCGACUGUUCUGGUCUCCACAUUGGCUGUCACGAGCACCGGGCUCCCUAGUUGUUGAACAUCACGAUACCGGAUCAUGGCGAUGCUGGCCGAACCUCGUAGGAAGCAGAAGUGGUCAGUGGAUCCGAGGAACAGCACGUGGAGUAAAGAUGAAAACAAGUUUGGACAGAAGAUGAUGGAGAAGAUGGGCUGGUCAAAAGGCAAGGGACUCGGUGCUCAGGAACAGGGAUCCACGGAACACAUCAAAGUCCAAAUGAAGAACAACACGCUGGGGCUCGGAGCGGCCAACAACCACGAGGAUAACUGGAUCGCCCAUCAGGAUGACUUUAACCAGUUACUAGAAGAGCUAAACAGCCACCAUGGAGCCGGAAGUGCAGCUUCCUCUGAUAACGAGAACAAGAAGACCUUCAGUUUGGAAGAAAAGUCUAAGUCAUCCAAAAAGAGAGUGCACUACAUGAAGUUUGCCAAAGGAAAAGACCUUUCUUGCCGCAGUGACACUGACCUCGCCUGUAUUUUUGGAAAACGAGAAAAAGUUAAGAAGUCUUCUAAGGAAGAAACCGAUUCUGACCCCGAGGAGGAGAAUGAGAAUAAAAGUCCAAGCCCCGCGACUGAGGUGGAGCCAGGAAACACGGUGACAAGUUCUCUAUCUGUAAAUGAAUACUUUGCCAAGAGGAUGGCAGCUCUUAAGAAAUCCUAUGCCAAGUGUACAGAGAGUGUCUCCAAAAGUGUUGAAGAAGGCCCAGAAGACAGCGUGGAUGGCUACUCUGAAGACACCAAGAAGAAAUCCAAAAAGAAGAAACACAGAAAGAAUCAUGAGGACCACUGCCCGGAAGAGCUGGAAGUAGAGAAGACUCUUCAAGAUGAAGACCAAGUGGACACCACAGAUCAUCAGGAGAAAAAAAGAAAAUCGAAGAGCAGAAAAAAGGACAAAAUCCUAGUAGAAAACUCAGUAGAGGAACGUGAGGAGGAAGAUGAGACCCUAAGGAAGAAGAAGAAGAAAAACAAGAGGAGAAAAGAGCUGGGCGAUGAAAGGCAGAUGGAAGAUGUCAACUCUACUCCCGAUGAAGAUGUUGGCACAGAGCAACCAAAGAAAAAGAAGAAGAAGAGAAAGCACGAAAGACCAGAAUAGAACAUUACACAUACCUCACUGCUUUACACCUGGAUUGUGAUGGACAUUAGAACAAUUUUUAAAUUACUGAUGAAUUAAAAUACCCUGAAACCUCUAUAAAAGACCACCUCUUUGAGAUGAACACCCUCUUAUCCUGACCAGAUUUCGCAGGAUGGAUUUUCAGUCCACUGUACAGUAUACAUAGUGGCCAUAAAAGACCACUUUUCAAUGAGGUUUCACCAUAAACCAAUACAUUCUCGAUCAUGUGCCUGUGGGUUCCGAAUUUUCACACAACAUCUCUUGUAUGAAGUUGAGUAAAGUAUUACAAUCUUUAAUCAAAAUGGUUACUAGAGAGGAGCGAAUAUACAGUACAGAUUGCUGAUUCUGUAUCUCGGGUAUCAGCGGUUGAUUAGUUUUGUCUACAAAAAGAAAUUCUGCUUUCCAAGUGUUCCAAUUCCCUGGAAAAAACUGAUUGAGUUUUUUUUCAGGGAAUCUGUGCACUUGGAAAGCAGAACUACUUUUUGCUAGACAGAACCAAUCAACCACCAAUGCCUGAGGUUCAGAUUUGGGGAUUCCAACUGGAAAUUUGCUUAAUUCUGCCGGUGACUGUAUUUUUACAUAAUGUCAACUUGUUUAUUGAUACAAUGAACUGAAUGAUUACUGAUCGUAAUAAAUGAUACAGUUUUUGCAAUAGUACUGCAAUGUUUAAUAUAUUAACUACCUCAAACCU